AUCACGUCCUUCGCAGACUGCCAGUACUUCCGGUGCUGGCACCGUGGUGUCGUUUGAUUCUAUACCCGGGAUCUUUUGGGUUUCUUAUACGUUACAAUGGAAACUCGAACGGCAGGGCAGCCGCCCGCCAGGAAAAUGGCGGCCCCGACAGUGACGCAGAUGAACGCGGAGUUUGUCACUCAGUUGGCCAAAACGUAUUGGGCACCACAUUCAAAGAAGAAACUUCCUUUUGAUUACAAGGUAAUAGAAGAUAUUUAUGUCAAGGAAAUUGUCAAGUCAAGAUUCACUAUAAGGAAGAUAAUGCUGCUGGAGUUCAGUCAAUACCUAGAGAACUAUCUGUGGUUGAAUUACUCGCCCAAGGUGUCCAGUAAAGCCUACCUUAUGUCCAUCUGCUGUAUGGUGAAUGAGAAGUUCCGUGAGAACGUCUCUGCUUGGGAGACCUUUGAGAAGAAGCCAGAACAUUUUCCUUUCUUCUUUAAGAGUAUAAGAGAGGCAUCCGUGGCUGAGGAGUCGGAGAGCGACUUCUCAUUGCAAGAACGUACAAUCCUGCUCCUAUUCCUAGAUCACUGCUUCAACAGCCCGGAGGUUGAUUUAAUCCGUGAACAAAUCCAGCAACUCGUAUCCCUGCCCAUGUGGAUCUGCCUGCAGCCUGCCCGACUGGAGCAGGAAUUGACAAAAACUGAUAAGUUGCGGAGGUUUUUCAACCUCAUUAAAAAGACUGAUGAGAAAAUGGAUGCAAGGGCACGAGAACUAGCCACUCAGGAAAGGAAGUUUUUAUGGCAGCUUAUACAGAAGUUCUUGUCUGUGCUCCGAUCAAUUCUCACAACAGGUCCUGUCUCCAUGGAGAAAAUACAUUACUGUGAGCGUUUCAUAGAACUCAUGAUUGACCUAGAGGCUUUGCUGCCCACCCGCCGCUGGUUUAACACUGUUUUGGACGACUCUCAUCUUGUUGUUCACUGCUAUUUAUCCAGUCUCUGUCAGCGAGAGCAGGAAGGACACUUGUUUUCUCAGCUUCUGGACAUGCUUAAAUUUUACACCGGGUUUGAAAUUAAUGACCAGACUGGAAACGCUCUGACAGAAAAUGAGAUGACCACAAUUCACUACGAUCGCAUCACUUCUCUGCAGAGAGCGGCUUUUGCUCACUUUCCAGAACUCUAUAACUUUGCCCUUUCCAAUGUGGCAGCUGUGGACACUCGGGAAUCACUAGUGAAGUUUUUUGGACCACUGUGUUCCAACACACUCCACCAGGUGGCUUCAUACCUCUGCUUAUUGCCUGUACUGGCUGAAGGAGAGGAAACCAGAUAUGACAAAGAAUUUCUGUUGGAGUUGCUGGUGUCCCGUCAUGAGCGGCGUAUCUCUCAGAUCCAGCAGCUGAACCAGAUGCCCUUGUAUCCCACAGAGAAGAUAAUAUGGGAUGAGAACAUUGUGCCCACAGAGUACUAUUCUGGGGAAGGGUGCCUGGCACUGCCGAAGCUGAACUUGCAGUUCCUCACUCUCCAUGAUUACCUUCUUCGCAACUUCAACCUCUUCCGCCUUGAGUCUACGUAUGAAAUUCGUCAGGACAUAGAGGACAUUGUGUGCCGGAUGAAGCCUUGGCAGUCGGAAUAUGGUGGCUUGGUGUUUGGUGGUUGGGCUCGAAUGGCCCAACCAAUAGUAGCUUUCUCAGUGGUGGAAGUUGCCAAGCCGAACAUUGGUGAGAACUGGCCUACUCGAGUCCGAGCUGAUGUCACCAUCAAUCUGAAUGUCAGAAACCAGAUCAAAGAUGAAUGGGAAGGUCUCCGUAAACAUGACGUCUGCUUCCUGAUCACCCUGCGGCCCAUGUUACUGUAUGGCACAAAGAUUGACCGAAGACAGUCCAUUGUGGAGCAGACCGGUCUGAUGUAUGUACGAGGAUGUGAGAUUCAGGGCAUGCUGGAUGAGAAGGGGCGUGUCAUUGAGGAAGGGCCAGAACCUAAACCCAAACUGAAAGGGGAUGCAAGAACGAUCCGAGUGUUUCUCGAUCCAAAUCAGUAUCAGCAAGACAUGACAAACACCAUUCAAAAUGGGACGGAGGAUGUGUAUGAGACAUUUAACCUGAUCAUGAGAAGGAAACCCAAGGAGAAUAACUUCAAGGCAGUCCUGGAGACUAUCAGGAAACUUAUGAACACAGACUGUGUGGUGCCCAAUUGGCUCCAUGACAUUAUCUUGGGUUAUGGAGACCCAGGCAGUGCCCAGUACUCGAAGAUGCCAAAUCAGAUUCAGACGUUGGAUUUCAAUGAUACUUUUCUAAGCCUGGACCAUUUGAAGGCUAGUUUUCCAGGGUAUCAGGUGAAGGUGACUGUGGAAGACCCAGCCUUGCACAAGGCCCCCUUCAGGAUUACAUUCCCUGUCAUUGGGGGGAAAGGAGAAAAGCGGAAAAGAGGCAACGAGGCCAAAACUGUAGAAGAAGAGCCACCAACACUGGUUGUGGAACCUCAUGUUAUCCCUAAUCGUGGCCCUUACCCGUACAAUCAGCCCAAACGGAAUACUAUCCAGUUCACUGCAACACAGACUGAAGCUAUUCGUGCAGGAAUGCAGCCCGGACUUACUAUGGUUGUUGGGCCUCCUGGCACAGGCAAAACAGAUGUGGCUGUUCAGAUUAUUUCCAACCUCUACCACAAUUUCCCUGAACAGAGGACUCUUAUUGUCACUCAUUCUAACCAGGCUCUCAACCAGCUGUUUGAGAAGAUUAUGGCCCUAGAUAUUGACGAGAGGCACCUUCUGCGUCUGGGGCACGGCGAGGAGGAGCUGGAGACCGAGAAGGAUUUUAGCAGGUAUGGACGAGUGAAUUAUGUGUUGGCGAGGAGGCUGGAAUUGCUUAAGGAGGUGGGACGUCUACAGGAGAGCCUGGGUGUCCCUGGAGAUGUGUCUUAUACGUGCGAAACUGCUGGCCACUUCUACUUGUACCAGAUAAUGUCUCGAUGGGAGGCCUACCUGAGCAAGGUAAAAACAAAGUCCUCGCAAACACCAGAUGCCAACGACGUUGCCAGGUUCUUCCCUUUUCACCAGUACUUCUCCAAUGCCCCCCAACCCAUAUUCAAAGGACGAUCCUAUCAAGAGGAUGUGGAAAUUGGAGAAGGGUGUUUCCGGCACAUUAAGAAGAUAUUCACUCAGCUAGAGGAAUUCCGUGCCUUUGAGCUGCUGCGCAGUGGACUGGAUCGCUCGAAGUAUCUUCUUGUGAAGGAAGCCAAGAUCAUUGCCAUGACCUGCACCCACGCAGCUCUGAAACGUCAUGAUCUUGUGGAUUUAGGAUUCAAGUAUGAUAACAUCCUGAUGGAAGAAGCUGCUCAGAUUUUAGAAAUUGAGACAUUCAUCCCCCUCCUCCUGCAGAAUCCAGAAGACGGCUUCAGUCGGCUGAAGCGAUGGAUAAUGAUUGGGGAUCAUCACCAAUUGCCGCCUGUCAUCAAAAACAUGGCCUUCCAGAAGUACUCAAACAUGGAGCAGUCACUCUUCACACGGUUUGUCCGACUAGGUGUGCCAACCGUAGACCUGGAUGCUCAAGGAAGAGCCAGGGCCAGCUUGUGCAACCUUUACAACUGGCGCUACAAGAGUUUGGGAAACCUACCGCACGUGCAGCUGCUGCCUGAAUUCAGAUCCGCUAAUGCUGGAUUACUCUAUGACUUCCAACUUAUAAACGUAGAGGACUUCAAUGGUGUAGGGGAGUCUGAGCCAAACCCAUACUUUUACCAGAAUCUUGCCGAGGCUGAGUAUGCAGUAGCCUUGUAUAUGUAUAUGCGCCUUCUUGGAUAUCCUGCCAAUCGUAUAAGCAUCCUGACCACCUAUAAUGGACAGAAGCACCUGAUCCGUGACAUUAUCAAUCAGCGGUGUGGCAACAACGCUGUGAUAGGACAGCCUAGUAAGGUCACCACCGUGGACAGAUUUCAGGGACAGCAGAAUGACUACAUCAUCCUCUCACUUGUCAGAACCAAGGCUGUGGGUCACCUGAGGGAUGUGAGGCGUUUAGUGGUUGCAAUGUCCAGAGCUCGACUUGGUCUAUACAUAUUCGCUCGAGUCUCCCUCUUCCAGAACUGCUUUGAGCUGACCCCUGCGUUCCGACAGCUGACCGCUCGGCCACUGAGACUGCACAUCAUGCCUGGGGAAUCCUUCCCAACACAAAGGAAGAAUGGUGAGAUGCCACCCUACUCAGCCCAAGUUAUUAAGAACAUGCCAGAGAUGGCAACAUAUGUGUACAACAUGUAUUUGCACAUGAUGCGAAGCGGUCAGCAAUACCAGUACCACCAGGGUCUGUUGCCUCCACCGGCUGCCACAACGCAGAGUAACCCUGCCUAUGAAGAGGAGAUGGAAGUGGAGGAGAGUUUAGCACAAGGGAAUGGUGCAGAAGAGACGGUGACUCAGGCUGUUUCAGAAACAUCUGUUGCAGUAUCUGUGCCAGCGGAGCCAGACAAGACGGCAUGUCCUGUACAGAGUAAUGACAGUGAACAGAGGACCCUUUCUGCCAAGGCAGAUGAACAUAAGGAAGCAAUUACUAGUACACCAGAAAUAUCAGAGGACGCAAAGGUAGAAGCGUGUGAAGUGCAAACACCAGAGACCAGUGAAGUACCGGAACCUGACCAUAGCAGACCAGAGAAACCGUCCACAGCCCAGGAUGAAAUACCGGAGACCUUAGCAGAGGCUAGCAAGGCAGCACCACAGCCAGAAGCAAUGGAAGCUGACAAAGCCGCAGUGAAAGUGGGAUACGAGAGCAGUCAGCCAGGCGAGGAGGACACGGAACAUCAGAAGAUGCCAGAACAUCCAGGCAGGGACAGUGACAGUGAAUAUAGCGAAGAUGAAGGCACAGAGAACUAGCAUCUCAUACCAUUUCCCCAUGUCUUGGUGGGGAUCCGGUCUGAAGAUCGACAGUGUCUAGGUCGACAAUGUUUAUGUCGACCACUAUAGGUCGACAGUCACUAGGUCGACAUGGAUGGAAGGUCAACAGGGUUUCUAGGUCGACAUGUGCUAGGUCUAAAGGUCGACAUGAGUUUUUCACUUUUUUUGGGAGGGGGGAUUUUUUCAUACUUAACGAUCCACGUGGACUACGAUUGGAACGGUAAAGUGUGCCGAGCGAAGCGGUAGCGGAGCGAAGGCACCAUGCCCGAAGCAUGGCGAGCGAAGCGGUGCACUAAUUUGGGAUCCCGGUCACUCUACGAAGAAAACGACCCAAAAAAAUUUAAAUUCCUCAUGUCGACCUUUAGACCUGUCGACCUAGCACAUGUCGACCUAGAAACCCUGUCGACCUUCCAUCCAUGUCGACCUAGUGACUGUCGACCUAUAGUGGUCGACCUAAACAUUGUCGACCUAGAUACUGUCGAUAAAACGAACCACACCCGUCUUGGUGGGCACUUCUUGCCAAGGGAGGCUCUUGAUAUUGUCACCACAGAAAAGAAUGUAUAUAUAUCUUUACCAUGUAACUGCACUCUAUUCUGUGAUAUACUGUCUCCAUUUAUAGUCAUGAGACAAAGUACAGCGAUCAGCCAAACAAAGACAAUACUUAAUUGUCUAGAGAAUUUGCAUAAAACGGUGUAAUUUAUUAGUAUGUGCUAGGUCUGGAUUGUAGGAUUGUAAUCACGUCUCCUCUCAGCAGCGGGCACAUGCCCAGCCUGUGUAUACGAGCAAUGCCACUCUAAUAUCUAUAUCUACCAGGAAAUAUGUGUUGCUCCUGUUCCAUCUGCAAGCUGUAGAAUGCAGACAGAAUCAUUCUGUUAAUGCUGGAAGAGAAAAGGUUAACCCCCCUGGACACAGCGGGGGAACAAAAGGGGGGAAUACAUGAUUCACAGUGAAUUUCUUGAGGUCCACCCUAACCAUGGAAUUUUUUUUUUUUCUUUAAACUUGGCAGUAAAGUUUAUUUUGUACAAAAAAAGUCUGCUCUUGCCUGCUUAUUCCAAUUCAUCCAUACCCGCUGUCUAUGCUCUAGUUCAUUAUAAAAUAGCAUGCAUGUAUCUACACCAGUGGAUCACAAACGCAGUCCUCAAGGCACCCCAACAGUCCAGGUGUUAAGUAUAUCUGUGCUUAGGCACAGGUGACUUAAUUGGUACCUCAGUUUUUUAUACCAUCUGUGCACAAGCAAGGAUUUCCCUAAAACCUGGACUGUUGGGUUGCCUUGAGGACCGCAUUUGGCAACCACUGGUCUAUACUAAAGCCUAGUCCAUUGAUGGCUAACCUUGACACUCCAGAUCUUGUUGAACUACACAUCCCUGUAUGCCCUGCAUCAGUUUUAGCAUGGCCAAAUAGCAAAACUGUAGCAGGGCAUGCUGGGAUGUGUAGUUCAACAACAGCUGGAGUGUCAAGCUUAGCCAUCACUGGCCUAGUCCAAGAUGUAACCAUAAAAAGGGCAAAGUAGCUUUUUUGUAAAAAGGAAAAGUAUUUACAUUAAAUUUGUACUUAACCGUCCAUUUAACGUUUUUUUUAAUGAUAAGACAGACCCGAACAGGCACAAAGGAGGCAAGCUUGAUCUUAGAGAAACAACUUGCAAACCGUGGUCCAUAAGCAUUCGUAUGCCCCAGCUAUGCCAUAGGUAGGU